GUUGUCAUUGAGCUCACGUUGUCGCGUGCGUCAAAUGUGAAUUCUAAUCUCAAAUCUAUGUGGAUCCUAAUAAACGAGUAAAUAAUUUCGGUCACGUUCCAUCGAUUUCCCCGAGUCCCGCCACAAUGGUCGUCUUCUUAAAUAGGAUUAUAUUAAGCUGUUUCACCGGCGCUGAAUGGCGAGUCAAAUGGAGGAUCGUCGAAGAUGUUUUGGUAGGCACGACUACGUGAGCCAGCCGAUGGCAUUGCCGAUGUGCCACCGUGAAGAAGAACAGAGAAGAAGGUGGAAAAAGAAGAAGAGCCAGCAACAGCAACAGCAGCAGCAGCAGCAGCACAGAGCAGAGCAACAGCAGCAUCACCGAUGACGGGACACGGCGCGGAGGAAGACAGUUGACAGUCAGAAGAAAGAAAAAAUUGGCAACGCUUGAAACGUGUCACGACCGUUUUGUCGCUGCCGUCGGAAACGAGAUUUCUACGAGAUUCGACGUGAUCCCGUCGAUUCCAAGCCAACGGAGCGGACGACACUCGUCCUUGCUUACGUUCGUAACACAGGCGGAAACUCGUAUAAAUUCCCUCGCGUAGAACGAAGUAUCGAGGAAUAAUCCUGGAUAAAUGUAGCAAGUUAACCCAUGAAACUUUUCAUAGACUCCCGAAUCAGACAUCAUGUAUCUUCGUACGUAAACUAGCAAAAUUGUGCGACGAAUUUAAAAUUAUCAGCUUAGAAUUCUGGCAAGUUUUACAAUCUCGUAAUAUUUAUGUGAGAAGGAGAUUCUUUAUGUUAUAUUGUCGGAGAGAUCAUCCUCUUUGCCGGCUGCACUAUCAAAGAUCACUCGAAUUGUUCGUCGAAUCAUGACAAUUAGAUAGAAUUAUUUGUAGUGAUUUCGCAGAUUCGAUGCUUGGGUUUACACUCAGGUCUAGGCGUAUAGCUUCAUUGUGUUAAAUGGGCCAACAUAAGCAAACUUCUCGAGACCAGGCACAUGUGGCCAACAAUGGGUCGAGUAGAACUCUGGUGGUUACAUGUGUAACGUAAGAUAAGGACCGGAAACGGAUGCCGCAUAGAAGUAAAGAGACGAAGGUCGUGGCCACAUCACAGCAUGACUUGAUAGAUCCUCAAAGCCUGAGGAGAUUUUCCACUUUAAGGGUACCGAUAAUGAACUUUCUUUUGCCCGCAGACUACAACUCUUUUGUUACGCUGAUGGUGCCGAAUGACCUUGUAAUAAAUUUGUAGCUUCGACAAGUGUCACAAUAAGUAAAU